GGGAGACAGGGAGACAAGCGGAGGUAACGGGAUUUCAUCGCAGUGGGGCUGCUGGAGACACUGGAAUCAUUUUUAAACUGUCGUUUUUACAUCGAAUAUGCUCUGAAUGAAUGAGUGAACGCACCUAGACUAUCCCAAAAGCGAUGAUGGAGAGACUGUAUGUAUCAUCAUUAGCUUCAGUGCUUACAUACCCAGCACAGCACUGAGUGCUACAGUGCCUGUAUUAUAUUUAUUUUUAAUUUGCAUUUAAUUUUCAAUGCUUUGGAAAUAGCAACGACAUCGGCAACGAUAUCGUAUUGUAUGCCAUCCGUUGAAUGCAUUUGAAAAACAGACUAUUACAACACCCGAAACUACAACUACAAACGGAAUUGUUAAAUAGCAAGGUUUGCUUUGCACAAAAUACAAGACAGCACAGCAAGUGGAAGGCAUACUCCUCGGCACUCAGCGCAUUUUUUUAUCGUGUGGGUGGCAUGGGAUUUGGUGAAACUAUCAGAUGUCCAGUCUUUGAAAACUACUGGUACGGCGCAUAAUGUGCAUCGUCUGUUCUAGUUAAGCCAACAAAACAAGCCACGCAUCCUCAGUCUUACAAGAGCAUCGUGAUAUUAAUAGUCAGUUAAUAAUAUAUUAUUAUGGCGGUGAUGUAAACUAUAUUUUUUAAAUACCGCGUUUCACAAACAACGGUGAAUACUACAAGACCGAGUUGGCUGGUACUAUUUUUUAACUAACUGCUAUUGUUAUCCAACGUUGGAAUUUGAAUGUUGAUGAAAUCCCAAACAACCGAGAUACGUCGUAUUGUCAAAACCUUCAUUAAUACUUUCCGUUUAUUAUACCUAGGAAAUGACCUCUUUAAAUGAGUUAUUUAUUGACUUUGUCAAUGCAAGCAGCAAAUAAAUAAAUACAUGGGUUAAACUGGAGCUUUUUUUAAACGUAUGACCGAGUUGCCAUGGUUUUAGAAGCCGAAAAACUGUUAACCCAGCGAAGCCUGCCAGAUAAUACAGAUUUGUCCUGAGUUUGAACGAGAGCGAACCAGCUCGUAAAAAACCAAACAGCAUAACUACAAAUGACACUAGGCAUAUUUGAAAAUAAUCUUUAUUUUUCCUCCGGGGUAAUUGUCAUACUACUGAGACUGUGUGUUGAGUUUUGCUGACAGUAACUGGGGAAUUAAAAUCAAUUGACCGUCUUGCAAAACAGGACUUCAAUUCAAGGUUCUGGACAGCCUUUGGUGUUGAUCUGUAAUGCUAAUUAGCUGUUUCAAAAAUCGGCUUCAUCGUUAAUCCAGCGUUAUAUGCCGUGGACGACGAAGAGUUACAUUUCAGAAGAUUGACACUGUACUUUAAAAAAAAAAAAAAAUUAUCCAAAAAUUAUUAUUAUAUUUUAUACCCGGACUGUAGUUACAACUGUGUGUUUUGACAAGGGUGAGCGAGUUACUAGGGGAGGCGCGCCGUACAUUGUUUUGGUAAAGAUUGACCAUAUGUUUUUUCACUUUUGUUUGUUCAGGACAGCGACUCUACAGUACCGGUACACGUUUUAUUGAAUGGACUUGCAGAAAGAUUAGUGACAUCUUUUAAUAAAACUCGUGCUGAUCUUUUAAGAGCUGCGGUUCACAGCAGCGGAACGCUGGUUUGGUUGGACAGCAAAUACUGUACCUAGUUGUUGACGGUCCCUUUACCGAUUUCUGACGUGGUUUCCUUGGUGAUGGUCCUGCAAGAAUGCUGCGAUUGCCGGUGAAAAAGAUUCGGAAACAGUUCAAACUUCUUCUGUUAUUGGUGCUGCUCACCUUUGCUGUGUGGUUCACUUACCUGCACAUCAGUCUGGUACGGCAAGGGAAAGCAAUCAAGCUUCACUUCAACUAUGGCAAAGAUGGCGAGAAGCCGAACGAAGGGACUGAUGGCGGUCGGAACAGAGACUCCCGUGCAUCGUCCAAUCACAGGAAGCCUGGCGACUCACGUGACAGCAGAGAAGACGAGCAAGGGGUGGAUGGACCAGACCAGUUUGGAGGACGAAAUGGAGAUGACAGUAGAGAUUCCAUAGAAACAAAGAAGUUCCUCAACCUGAAACAGGACACGUUGCCAUGGACACCAGAGUAUAAAGGGCAGGCUAAUCUCCAUGUGUUUGAAGACUGGUGUGGGUCAUCUGUCAAUCAGCUGCGAAAGAACCUUCACUUCCCACUCUAUCCACACACCAGGACCGUAGUUAAGAAACUUGCAGUGGCCCCCAAAUGGAAAAACUAUGGACUGCGAAUAUUUGGAUACAUUCACCCAUACAGAGAUGGUGAUUUCCAGUUUGCAGUCUCCUCCGAUGAUAACUCCGAGUUUUGGCUGAGCUCUGACGAGAACCCAAUCAAUGCCAGGCUGCUGGUGUAUGUUGGAAAGCUGGGCUCUGAGUGGACGGCUCCAGGGGAAUUCACCAAAUUUCGAUCUCAAGUUUCCAAGUCUGUCCACCUCAUUUUUUCAAGACGUUACUACUUUGAAGUUCUUCACAAACAGGACGACAAGGGCUCUGACCACAUUGAAGUUGGGUGGCGUCCUUUUCUCCCAGGGCUGAAGUUUGAAGUUAUUGAUUCCCCCUAUAUCUCACUUUAUACAGACGAGGCCUCUUUGAAGAUGAACAGCGUAGACCACAUCCCACAGACCCACGCAAGCCAUGCCGGGCCACGAGAUGGAGCGUCACAAACUGGGCAGCACGGAGCUGACAUGCUGAAACCAGAUGCCAGAGACACCUUCUUCCUCACUCCAAUGAUAGAGCCGUCUCGUCUGGAGAAUUUGCUGCCCGCCUGCCUGUACUCUCCCACCUAUGUUGUGAAGGAUUUCCCCAUCGCUCGCUACCAGGGCCUGCAGUUUGUUUACCUGUCGUUUGUGUAUCCCAAUGACUUCACCAGACUGACCCACAUGGAAACAGAGAACAAGUGUUUCUACAGAGAGUCUCCCAUCUACCUGGAAAAGUUUGGCUUCUACAAAUACAUGAAGAUGGAUGAGGAAGACGAUGACAGGCCUUUCUUCUUUCCAAAUCCAGAAAAUUUCCCUGAUGAGGAGGAAGGAGUGGACCCUGAAGACAAAUCUUUACCUACUGAGAGCCAUCCAUUCAGAAACGAGACCAACACCAGCCUGUCUGACCCGCGCUUGACUUCCAGGGUUAAAAGGAAGGCCUACCCUCCCACUGCCAUCGACUACGAGGAUGACGUUGACGAUUACGCGUUCAGACGCAGGCAGAAGGUGUUCCGGGCUAAGGACACACAGGACAAAGAGACCCAGAGAAGUAACACCAAAGACCCACCUGCAGCUGAUCUCCACGGCAACCAGGAAGUGGUGGACUUCAAUGAGCCCAUGAUCAUCCGGGGGAAAUCCCUUUCCUGGAUCCGAACUGGCCCGGAGGAGCUGAGCAAAAAGGGGGGCGACGAAUCAGCGGUGCUGCAACACGGCAUGCCCAGCCUCUUCCUGACUAGCAGGGCCAAGCAGAUCGUGAGCAACUCUGCCCACGCUGCCGCAGACACCAACAACAACAACAAGGACCGCAAGAAAGACCAGAACAAAACCUACGUCACCAGGCCCCGGCCAAACAGGAAGACCGUGUUGCCCAGGCAACCCAGAGAGGUCUUCCCAGGUGUUUUCUUGUACCAGAACGGAAAAACCACCAAGCUUGUGAAUCUCAACACCAAGCUCAAUGGCAAGGGGCUUGUAAGUGCUUCCCAGUUGAGGACCCUUUUCAAGGACAACCAUGCACCCUGGCUGAGCAGCAACAUCACCAAGGAGGCUGUUCAGGGACGGAAGGCCUCUGCAAGGAAAUGGGUCUCUUUGCACAAGAAAGAGGUGGGCAAGGAAAAGGACACAAACAAGGACACUGCCACUUCAGCACCCUCUACUGCCAUCAAGAAGGUCCCACCACCCACCACUUUGACAGUAAAAAAGCCAGAGACAGACUUGAAUUCCUUGGAGACAUCCUACAUGAAGACCUCAGAGAUCACAGAGACGCAGCUUCUGGAGGCAGAGCAGGUGGACGAGGCCGAGGAGGGAGGGCUGUCUGACUACAGCUACGAGGACACGAACCCUCGGCCGGGCUGGGCUGAGGAGUCCAUUAACUGGCAGCGCACCUUUACUGUGAACACCAUGGACUUUGAGCUGCUGCGUUCCGACUGGAACGACCUGCGCUGCAACGUGUCAGGAAACCUGCAGCUCAGCGAGGCAGAGGUGGUGGAUGUGCUGGCGCAGUACAUGGAAAAACUCAACGAGAGGAACGGAGGUAUUUACACUCUGCUGCGAAUCAUCAACAUGGAGAAACGGCGGGACUCUAUGCGGGGGAACCGCUACCUCAUUGAGCUGGAGCUGAUGGAGCGAGGGAGGAGGGUGGUGCGGCUCUCCCAGUAUAUCUACCUGCUCCUGCACCGCAGCCGUCAUGAAGACAGCCUGGAGACCAGCGAGGGCACCCUCCCCUCCACCACCAGCACACUCCCACACACACACCCCCAGUGGGGCAACUCUUACAGUAAGCCCCUGCUGUGCCAGCCCGUCCGCCUGCAGUGGAGACACGACGUCAUGGUGCACUUUGUGGUGCCAGUAAAGAACCAGGCUCGCUGGGUCCAGCAGUUCAUCACUGACAUGGAGUUCCUGCACCAGGAAACCAAGGAUGACAACUUCAGUGUCAUCAUCGUGGACUACGAGAGCGAGGACAUGGACGUGGAGAAGGCACUGAGGGACAGCAAGUUGCCCCGGUAUCAGUACAUGAGGCGUGAAGGGAACUUUGAGCGCUCUGCUGGGCUGCAGGCUGGAGUCAACUCUAUUGAGGACAGUCACAGCAUUGUGUUCCUGUGUGACCUGCACAUCCACUUCCCUCUCAACAUCGUGGAGAGUGUCCGGAAGCACUGCGUGGAGGGGAGGCUGGCCUACGCCCCCAUCGUCAUGAGGCUGGCUUGUGGAAGCUCUCCACGGGAACCCAACGGGUAUUGGGAGGUAAACGGUUUUGGCUUGUUUGGCAUUUACAAAUCCGACUUUGACAAGAUCGGAGGGAUGAAUACAGAGGAAUUCCGGGAUCGAUGGGGAGGCGAGGACUGGGAAUUACUGGACAGAGUUCUUCAGAAUGGUUUGGAGGUGGAGCGAUUACGACUUAGAAACUUUUUCCAUUACUAUCACUCUAAACGAGGCAUGUGGAAUUCGAAGAAACCCCCCAAAGGAUAGCAGAAGGCUGCUAUUGACUUCGAGCAAAAAACAAGAGCCUGCUAAGCACUGCAAAGGCAAUCUUGAAGGUCUACCAAGUCACUUAAAGGACCCCUUUAUCGAGACAAAAAAGGGAGAGUGCAGCUAUCUUGUUCGCUGUCCUGAAAUGAAAGACUUAAUAAAUCUGUCGUAGCUGCUUUAAGUAAUUUAUCAAGUACUCAAGGAAGUGUGUUUUUUUUUAGGAGAAUACUUUAAAGAAAGAGAUGGUUUUGUUGUAUUUGUCAAUAGGGAUAACAGCUCUUGUUAUAACAAAACAAUGUCUGCACUAUUUAUAAACUAGUUAUUAGGUUGAUCUGACAUGUUGGCAGUUGUAUUGCUGGUAGUCCAGUGAAAACAAUGUGUAUUUGAAUGGAUUUCUGGCAUAGACAGACCCAGACUCAGACUCAGACUUUAUAAUUACUUUUCCAGUUUGUAUUGUUAUUACCAAUAUAGAAGCUCCCAUACAUAAUACUGCUAUGUAAAAGUCAGCAUAUGUGAAUUUUAUUUGGACGCAUAGAAAAUGGAAAUGGAAAUACCUAACACAGAUUUGAAGCCCGCUAAUUGUGUUUGGAUUGUAAAAGUUUGUUUAAUCCAGACACUAAAAAUAUGCUUUUUUCAUGUGAGCCAAAGCGUUGCUUGGGAUGGUUAAUGGGCGCUAAAGUUCAUAAUGUGAAAGGAAAUUAAAAAAUACACACACACACACACACACACACACACACACUAUAGAAUGUUCUUCUGCAAAAGUGUACUUUAAUGAUGAAUUAAAACACCUUUCAAAACAGAACUUCAAAAUGAGUUGCUGCAGGCUCCAGAUGAAAAGCUUCGAUGCAUAGGAAUACUGUUUCCAGUUCUUCAUUUUCAGCAUUACAGUACUUUUAUUUGAAAGUUUUUUUUUUUAGUCAAUCGGUCUCAAAAAAAAAAAAAAAAAGCUUUUUUAAAAUGAAAUAUGGAAAGCUAUGACAUGACUGUGUAUGGUUGUAGAACUGUUUAUAUAAAAUUGGAUUUACACACAGAAUAUUAAGUUUACACCAAGAGAAAAUACUUGACCUGACAGAUAUCUUUAGUUCUUUUUGUGUUCUUUGUGGGGCUGGGACCUGGAAAUAUUGGUGUGUCACAAGGAGGGAGCAGCUACUCCAGCCUGUUUCAAUUCUUACCGAGAUUAUCGGCUCUCUUUACAUAUUUAUAUCUGGAUGAUUCGCUGAGAUGUAACAGUUCCUUCCCUUAGGUGUCCUGAUUCUAUUUUAAAGGGUUGGUUUGUUCUUUCUGAAUUAGAUAAGCUGGAACUGCACUUUCCGACACAAGACAAAACUAUAUUUCAUUCAGUGGGCAGGACAAAGGCUUUUCCACUGUUAAUUACAAAAUGCAUACUUAUAUUUAGCUCUCUACUAAGUACAUUCAUAUUUGAGGAUACAUUAUACUUUGGAACCAGUAUUGCUGUCUCUACUAUCUUCAAAUAUACCGAUUUAAAAAAAUAAAACAACAAUAAACAUUAUACAAAUGACAGGAUGUGUUUUACACUCUAAUUCUAUCCUCGGGCUCAAUGGGAACUUUUUCUCCAUCAGAUCUCCUUGAUUGCCUGCUAGCUGUUAUGCUGCGUUUCUCUCUCUCUCUAAUUACCACCUCUAAAUUCUCUCUGCGGAAGGGCUCAUAAAGUUAUUUGAUUCUUCAUUUCUUGGAUACAGUUCCCUUUAAACCAGUAGCAAUCUGUGUGGUAUUGGUUGCAGAAACACUGCCAGUUGAGGCUUUGACUGAAACAGACUUUUUAAACAGGGAGAUGUAGCUGUUAUAUACUGCAGAAUAAAUGUCAGGGAUAUCAUGUGCAUUACAAGUCAAUCAGCCGUUACAGGGACAGCCCAUUUACACAGAAGUGUCCUACAAGUUUUCAUACAGACGGUAUGUGUAUGUAUUUAUAUAGGAAAGAGGUAAACCACCCUGAGCUUCUUCACCCUCCUGCUUCUCUACAACAGGCCUUUGAACAGGACUCCCCAAGGGCUGAAUCUUAUCAGCAGACAUCACAAGACAGCCAUAUCCUCUCCCAGCACUGACAUGUCAGUGAUUUGUCUCAACCCCAUCUCAUUUGCUGAACCCUGCCUUACAGAAACCCAGGGAUAUACAUUCCAAGAAUGAUUUCUGUGAAAUUAUUUUGUAGAACAUGUUUUCAGAAUGUACUGUAUUAUGGGUUGUUUUUUG